UUACAAAUGCAAAGAAUUGCGUGAUUGCGUCGGCUUAACGGCUCGUUUAUAGGGAGCGAGGGAAAGGAAACUCGGGAGCUCGGUCGAAAGUCUAAACGAAAGACAGAGUUGCGAUGGGUUAUACAUAUGUAUAUAUUAUGUCGUUGCAAGAGUUGCGAUCCGAAAUCUGAACCGGAGUCGCCCACAGUAGAAACGGAGCAGCCGCAGAAGCUGACAGAAGCGCGGGGGUCGCUUCGUUUAUCGCUUGCUCCUCACCCGCCGCCGUCGUCGUCGUCGUCGUCGUGAGGAGCAGCAACGAAAGAGUUUAACAAUCUUUUUUGACGAGUUGCGAGUUGUAGGAUGGUGCGAGGCAAGAAUGAAAAGGAAUCAUCGUCAUCCGUACCGAGGGACGAACAGCUAUUGACGACAGCAGGCAGCCUAGUAACAACAUCAUUAGAAUCGUCGUCCUCAGUUGUGUCCUUGAAACAAUCAGCUGAGCAUCAGGAACAGAAUACCGCCUGCUGGGACAGCCUGCCCAGCGUUAUAUUAUUCGAGAUCUUCUCCUACCUUCCGCACAAGAGCCGCGUCCAAGCCUCUCAGGUAUGCAGGCAAUGGAGGUAUGCAUUAUUUCAUGCAAUGUUUUGGAAGAAAAUCACAUUUACUCUGGCAGAUAGUGACAGUAUUUUGUGGUCAAGAUGCUUGUCGGAUUGGUUUCAGUUUAGCGUACAAGAAGUGACCAUACGCUGUGAAACAGUAAAUAAUUUUAUGAGAGAAGCCUUCAUUAUCCUAAAAAAAUUGAGUAGCAACCGACAGCUGCGCAAGCUUUACUUAGAACCAAAUAGCUGCAUGUUUGAAAAUCUCAAUUGUGAGGUCAACAGCAAAAAGUUGAUGAAACCACUGCUUAAUUUGAUAAAAACUUCAGAAAGCCUAGAAGUCAUAAGUUUGGGAUGCAUUGAAGAGUUAACGGAAGAUCUGACGCUUAUUUUAAAUUCUCUCCACCAGAACCAUGCAAAACAUUUGACACAUUUAAGUUUGGCAUCUGUCAAAGAAGAUCCAGAUUGUUAUGAUUUUUUGGAACUCAAGUGCUCAUUGUUCAACGAUUUCAUUAGAUUGUCAGUAUUAACAAUAGAUUACGAUCAUCUAAGUGAUGAGUUGCUCCUAGCAUUAAAUAGUGGUAUAAUGGAACGACUGGUCAUACAUGUACAUGGCUGGAAUGGUGAUUAUACUGGGGCUAGCAACGAUGCAUGGAUAACUUUUACUCAGAAAAAUCCAUGCUGUCAACUGCGUCUUAAUCUGAUUCAUUCCUACAAUGCAGUCACAGUAUUGGAUAGAGAAAUUUUACAGCCAUCAAUGCCUCUGACUCACUUAAAAGUACUAUUCUGUGAAAGUGUUAAUAAUGCGGCUCUUCAUCAAAUUUCUGAUUUCUAUUCAGAAACGUUACAAUCAAUUAUUUGGAUAGACUCCCUCAAUUUCCAUAAAAACACAAUGAAUUCUCUUUAUGACGUUGACACUUUGCUCAAUCCAGAUCCAUUGAUAUUGGCUGCUUGGAAAUGCAAAAAUUUGAAUGAAAUAGUAUUCAUAGGACAAAAGUAUUUUUCGAAUAAUUUGCUGGCUAUAAUUCGUUUGAGGCACAAAUUAAAACGUCUUGAGUUUGCUGAAAGCGAUAUUAUCUAUGAAGAGCCGUGGUUGUGUCGGGAAUCAGUCAUAGAUGAAAUAAAAAAAGUAAUGGGUGAACAGUGGGAGCCUCUGAGAGAUGAAGAUCUUCCAAAAGUUGUGAUAAAUCCUCUGAUUGGCGACAGCAGAGAAGUGAUAAUGCCAAUGGUUCUUCGGGAUCAAAAGUAAUUCAUGUCCAAGAAGAAAUUUUUAACUUAGCAUACAUACCUCACUCAAGAGCUAUCCUUGGGAUAAAGCAUUACUUUCAUAAGUAUGAGCCUAAGUAUCGUUUCGGAUCGUACGUUAACCUUUCUUGCGUUUUUCUACAAAUAUUUUUAUUGCGAGACACCAAAAUUCCGUUUUUCUCACCUUUCAAUGCAAAUUCGUUACUUUGAAUAUUUAGAUACGGUAUUCGCUACAAAAAGCAUUAUUUUACAAUUGUACGCACCCGGCGAAAAAUUUCAGCCAUCCAUAUCUCAAGAAAAUCUAUAAUGGGUACAUAUAUAUAUUUUAUCCACUGGAAGCAUAUUCCCUACUAUUUUUUUAGUUCGCGUUUACAUCUAGAAAAUUAUGUCGUAGUCAUUGAGAACGAAGCUAUUGUAAAUACACUCGAUCUAUUUCUCGAUGAAUGAAGAUUGUUAAACAAUCGUGGUAAAUCAAGUCAAGUGCUGUAGGAAUACAUCCAAGACUAUUAUGACUAGUCAAAGUCUUUCAUGACACACCCAGUACAUUACAGGGUUAGUAUUAAACAUUAAGCUCAGACGAUUAUCGAGAAAUAGAUAAACUAGAAACAUCCGAACUUGAACAUCGUCGACAACUCAAGUUCUCAAAGUAGCCAGAAAGACGAAAAGACGAGUAUUUUUCCAUUCGCGAUGGGAAUUUUAGUAUAAAUAGCGUCAGUUAAACGAAUAAACAAAAUGAAACGGUAUAGUAGUAGUAGAAAAAAAAAAUUAUUACUGAAAACAACAUAAUUAUGCGCAACAACGUUCGAAACACCUUACAACCGCGGGAAGGCGAGCGAUUAACAAACGUAUUUUAGCGAAGAUAACUAAGAGAAUAAAAACGUCGUGCGAUUAUAAGCGUAACGCACAUGAGCAGUCCGAGGUUAUUUUUAAUACCAAAACCAAUCGGACGCCCUUUAAAACAGAAGUAUAAGUAUAGCGUAAAAAAAAAAAAAAAUCGAAGCAUCUUGAAUUAGUA